AUGAUUUUCUUAUCAAAAAUAAAUGAACUUUGUAUAGAUAACAUUUAAUGCAAGAAUGAAGUUUGUAAUUUAUUGCAUCCUAGAUGCUUUGCAGGAGUUUGCAUUUAGCAUUUGCAAAAAAAGUAAGAUGAUUGUAAUGAAUCUUUAUUGCAUUUUUCAAAUAAGGAAUGUAAAGUUUAUUUGUAAUCAGGAAAAAUUAAUGGAGUAUAUUGUUUUAACCUUUGCAAAAAAUAGAAUUUAUGUUAGGGUAAACAAGAUUGUAGAUUUUUACAUCGAAAAUGGGCUGAAAACAUUUGUAUUGAAGAUUUAAUAGAUGAAUGUAAGAAUAAAUAAGAAUGCUAAUUGAAACAUUUCAAUUGGUAAGAAAUUAAAAAGGAAGCAUAUUAAGAAUUUAAUAUUCAUGAUUUAAAUCCUGAAGAAAUAGAAAAUGGUAAGAAUCAUAAAUUGCCAAAUGAUAUAUGUAUAUAAUAUUUAUAAGGUCUAUGCCAAUUUUAAACUAGUUGUUAAAACAAUCAUAUAGAAUGGGAAUGUUUAAAAAAUAGUAAUUUUAAGGAUAUUAAAGAUACAAGAAGAAGAUAAUGUAUUUAUGAUUAAUCCACAUAAUUGAUAGAUUAAUCAUCAAAAAUGAUGAAUCAAGAAAUUGUAAAUUAAUACUUUGAAAAAAUUUAAUAUAACCGAAUGAAAAAAAUAGUUUUGAAAGCAUAAAUAAUAGAUGUUCUAUUUAUAAUUGAUAACACUGGAAGUAUGUAAAGAUGGUUGAAAUCAGCUAAAGAAAAUAUUUGUUAAAUUAUCAAUGAAUUUUAGACAUAACUAGAUAAAAAAAAACAUAUAGUAAGAACAGCCUUAGUAGCAUAUAGAGAUUAUGAUGAUGAAGAUAAUCUAUUAUAUCGUGAAUUCACAACUGAAUCUAAGGUUACCUUGGAGUUUCUAAAAAAAUUGUAAGCGAAAGGAGGAGGAGAUGAUCCAGAAAAUGUUAUUGGAGCAUUAGUAAAAGGAAUCAGACUCAAUAUCAGUAAAGAUGAAGAUAGUGUUUUAUGCACUUUUUUAAUUUGUGAUAGUCCUUCUCAUGGUCCUUAUCAUGAACAUCUAAAAGAUGAUCAUUUUGAUAAAGUAUAGGAAGGAGAUUUGGAGAAUAUCAUGAAAAAGUAUUUCGAAUUAAAAGUAAAUAAUUUCUUUACUUGUCUUAAACUUACAGAAAAUACAAAUUUGAUGUUUAAUAAAAUGAAGUCUGCUUUUCCUAGUUUAAUUAUUACUAAAACCACUCCAGAUAGUUUUCACGAAUCAGUUCUGUUUUCACUUAGAACAUCCUUAAAAUAAUCUGAAGCUAAAACAUCCAAAACUAAGAAAACUAUUAAAAUAAAGGCUAAAUUUAGUAAAUAUAAACCACUAGAAAUUAAUAAUUCACUAUUAAGGGAUAAUAAUAUUGAUUACUGGUAAAAUUUCUUAGAAUAGGAAAAAAAUAAUAAAAUUGAAGGAGAUACUUUAUUGAUUAUUAAUAAAUAUUAAGAAAUAUUGGAAGAAAAGGACAAAGGGGCAGAAUGCUUAAUUUUUAAAUUAUUCGAUAUAGUUCUAAAUAGAAAUUUGGUUUUAAAAUUACCAAAAUACAUUGUAAAUGAAUAUAAUCAAAAACAAACCAUAUCAUAAGAGAACUUAAAAUCUUAUCAACAAUUCAUAAAAAUCAGAUAUACUUCUUUACUAAUAGCUUAAUAAUUAGCAGAGGGGUUUAGAUUAAAAACUUUAUCCAUCAAAGGAGCACCUCCAAUUUUUUAUGUUUCCCCAAUUAUUUAUGAACUAGAAGAACCAUUCAUGGGUGUUACUUAAAUUUUUGCAGAAACUUAUAUAAACCUACCAAAUUUUUAGGAAUGGAAAAAAUAUACUAAUAAUGCUAAAUUUGUUGAUCAAGAUGAAUAUUAUUACACCGCCUUCUCUCAUUAUUCUUAUGUGGCUACUGAAGGAAAACUAAUUAUCACGGAUUUAUAAGGUAAAAAUAAUAUUUUAUCUGAUCCAACUAUUCAUACAAUUGAUUAAAAAAUUCGAGAAAUUCUUAAUGAUGAUUCAAAUUUUUAAUAAGAAGGACUUAUUUACUUUUUUGAAUAAUAACAUCCUAAAUGUCAUGAAAUUUGUAAACAACUUAAUUUGAAGAAAUAUUCAUAUUCUUAAUAGUAAUAAGAAUUUAUUCCAGAUAAUUAAGAAGACUCAAGUAAUAUAUUAGUUUGGAAAAGGGAUCCACAAGAUUUCAUAAGUGUUAUAUGUUAAAUUUGUGGAGAAUUUAAAGAUUUGACAUAUGAAGACUAUUUUAAAGAAAAUUCUUGUGUUUGUAAUAAUUGUUUAGAAGAUGAAGAACCAAUUCAACUAAUUUGCAUUUGUUGUAGAAAAUAAUUUAAAUGUUUCUAUAACUAGGAAGUAAAAAUAGGGAAAAUUCCAGAAAAAUGCGAAUAAUGUAAAUUGAAAUGUGUCUAAGGUAAUUUAGAAUGCUUAUAUUGCGGAUGUUAUUGUGAAAAAAGAGUGAAUAAAGUAUAAAUACAAAAUCAAGAAAUAAAAAUUUGUAAUGAAGGUAUAAGAUUUCUAAAUUCACUUACAUGUAGUAAAUGUAAAUAGUUGUAUAAUUUUGAACUUUUUAUCACACCAAACGAUUAUUAGUAUGCAAUUUAUUUUUGUACAAAAUGUAAACUAUUAACAUGA